CUUUUGUCUUACACAGCAUCCCUUUUGCAUCCGAGACCCGAGAUAAGCGUUGAGCGCCUGUUUUGGCCGCUGUUCUUCCCCUUGGCUUUCAUUAUAACCAGCCCCUGGUUGAGCGAAUGGUGACACACUGCUCCCCCCCAGUCAUCUUCGUGCAUUAUUGCGCAAUUCAGGCCAUUGAUGGCUUCGUCUUCCUCCAGAAACCAGACAACGCGUAAAAGUUCGCAAUCAUGUGCACGAUGUGCCAGGAGCCACCGCAAAUGUGAUGGAGUCUCCCCUGCGAACGGUGGGGUUGCCAUUCCAUGCACACGAUGCCUUACUCGUGGUUCUGAGUGUGACUGGGAGGGGAAGGUGGAUCAUCGUCGUCGCCUUUCGGAUCGAGAUGCAGAAACCCUCAGGCGGGAAAUUCGUGAAUUAGAAACAAAGGUUGAGCGACUCCAAGCCAUCAUUGAGAAGAAUGGAUAUCCAUCACUGGAUUAUGGGGAGGACCUCGAGAGCAUCGACGAAGGGAAUGCGGCCUCGGAUGGGAAUUACUCUGACACAAGUGGGUUGGCCGUUUCGAUGGGAGGGCUUGUCUUAGAAAAUGGCCGCAUUCAAUAUUACGGGAAAACGGCGCCAUUCUCUGACCACCCUCCAUUCCCUCCCGCCGAGUUACAACUAGAUUCCGGUUUGUGGGGGGAUUGGUAUGGACCUCACCAGCUGAGGCCUAAACCAGACAACUCACACUCUGGAUAUCCCUGUGCGAAUUGGAACGCAUUUCUCCCCGAGUUAAUCACCUCUGAGUUGCCUAGGCACGAACAUGAUAAAAUCCUUCUGGAUUUCUUCACCUUCUUUUGUGGUUGGCAGUUGCGUGUGAUCCCCCAUUUGUUUCUUCGGGAUAUGGGUGUCGCAACCUUCAACCCCUCCAUUCCGAUUUACACUCAGCACUACUCCAAGAUGCUGCACAACGCGAUACUCUCUGUAGCAUUCGCGUACUCUGGAGACGAAGAACGCCAGUCCCGCGCUUUUCGUGAUCAGUUUGCGAAGCACGCAAAAUCCUUUUUGGAGUUUGAAUGCCAACAAGCCUCCCUUGCGACAGUCGUGGCACUUGCUGUCCUGUCAUCUUAUCAUUCAGGCUUUUCCGAACAGGGGCUCGGGUUCAUGUAUUUUGGGAUGGCCGUUAGGAUGGGGGAAUCUCUCGGACUGCAUGUGCCCUUGCGAACGCUUCAGGGAGGUGGAAUCCCGAAUCAUAACGCACUGGAGCGAAACUGGAUCUUCUGGAGCUUGUUUUGCCAAGACAAGUGUUGGAGUCUUUAUGUUGGAAGGUCUCAGGGUUUGGGACUUCCUCCAAAGGACUUUGAGGGACCGGGGGAAGCCAAGGAGCUAUCGGAGUGGAUGGACGUACAUCUCUGCAUGCUGGAUGAUUUGGGAGUGGGAGGUGCCCCGAGCCCCGUGGCCGUCGAUUUUACAUUCCAGUACCAGGUCACCCUGAUGCAAAUCGCAUCCACGAUUCUGGAACUAGCAUAUGUUCCGUACCGAGAGUUGGACUUAUCCCGCGUCCGCCAACUGUACGGCAAGAUGCGCCAAUGGGAGCAGAACCUCCCGGAUCGCCUGCGGUGCCAUCAAAAUCAGUUAGGAAUCAAAGGGGCGAUGUAUCCCCCUCAUACAUUCAAUCUAAACCUCUGCUUCCAUUGGCUUCUCAUCCUCUUACUCCGGCCCUUCUUCAAGACAGGAGUGAUGACGCCGGCCACACAAAAUUCAGCCCGUGCACUCAGAGGCAGAGAAGCGGUGAUCUACGAUUUGCAAGUGACUGCGCUGCGAGAUUGCACCUCGUCAGCCUGCCAGAUUGUUAAACUGUUCCAUCGAUACCAGGAGAUAUAUGGCCUUCGUCGGAUCACUAUUACAGCCGUGCAGAUAGCCUACGUCGCAGGACUAAUUCACUUAGCGAGAGCAAUCGGACCUUCCAUCACGCAGGACCAACGGGGAGACGAUGCACGCAAUGUGUCGUACUGCAUUGCAAUAUUAGAAGAAAUUGGAAGCACCUGGAGCUCCGGUGCAGUCACUGCGAGGCUGCUGAAUGAUCUAUUUGACAGAGCAAUGAACUCUUCAACGGAACGGAGGUCAAAGCAAGCCCCGCAAACAGAAUGCGGGACCCCGACCGUGCCUACCGAAACUGGAUCGCGUCAUGGAUCACAAUUAAACUCUGUGCAUCAAUCAUCUCCCCAAAUGCAUGAGGAGCCAUGGAGAUCAGUUGAGAGUACUUCCUCGAGCAACGUGGAGCGGUCGAUGGGUAAUGAACCCUAUUCAGGGACACAGCCAAACGGGGGCGGCCCGAUAGCUCUCCAGACACUUGCAGGUCUCGGUCCACCUCGCUUCGAUACGCUCUCAGUAAGCAACCCGUACGAUAUGCUGUACUCGUACGAACAAUCUCCCCAAACAUACUCGCUUGACUCCGUUUCAUUGGAGGUACCAUGGUUACCCGACCAAUUUCCCUUCGGGCAUAGCUCAUGGUUUAUUUCUGACCCCUAUCAUUACCCGGCCCAGUCGGGCGCUCCAACCAAUCUGGGACCAAAUCACUGAUUUCAGAUUCAUCUAUGUAGUUUUAUUCGCAUCUCAAAUUGCAUGUACAUAACGAUACACAGAGGUCUUGGAAUUCAUUACACAACGAAAACUGUACAAAUAACAUAAACACACAGGCAUUUGAAAGCAAUGAUCAAAAUGGACGCCAAAGGGUAUCAUGGCCUCUAAUUAAUACACUUCCAGUUCCUCGUCACUCUCCUCUAGGAUUUCUUCACCU